UUGCUACAGUUUCUGCGCUUGCGUUGUCUUAUUGGAUGGAUUGUGGAUGGCUAAAAGUAAACUCUACUUUACUGCGUUUUAACCCACAGAGAAUAUUAGACUACCAUUAAUUCUUGGGUCAGAAUUUAUCGAAGUUCGGGAACAAUCUAUUGUCAUGAACUCAGGAUUGGAUAGAAGUUUGAACUCUGAAAGCGUACCUCGUAGAUCCCGAUUAAAUUGGAGAGACCAUGAAACAAGAGUUUUCUUAAAAUCAUGGAAAGAUCAUAUUUAUAUAAAUCGUCUUAUUAAAAAAGGUUGCAGUAAGCAUCCGAUAUAUUAUGCGAUUUCUAAAGAUCUUCAAAAAUGUGGUUAUAGUCGAUCGAUGAAUGAAAUUUACUUUAAAAUGAAAAAUUUGACGAAAAAAUUUAGGAAAGCAAAUGCAAACAUGCCAGUGAAUGGAGGUAUUAUAGAUUUUAGAUAUUACAAAGAGGUUGAGGAACUCCUGAGGUUGGAGGCAGAAGUUGGGACAAAAGACUGUCCAGGAACUGCACAAGUAAUUGAAACAUCGGAGGAGCCUGAAAUUAUUAUAGAUGGAUCAUAUGGUGAAGGAAUGACAUCUGAAAAUGUUCAAGUCAUCAGGCUCAGUGUUCCAGAGCAUCAAGAGGUUUCUGAAUCAAACCUUCCUCAAACCUAUACUGUGAUAAAUGUUGCAGAAACCAUUGCAGAAGAAGAGCCAAAUGAAACUGAGGUCGUUGAAGAUCCAACUCCACCAUCAUCAAGCAGUAAUUCUCAAAAAGCCCCAGAAAAUCUCCUCUUGGGUUUUUACCAAGAAUUUGAAAGAUCUAAUCGACAGCUUGAAAAGAACGAUGCAACAAUGUUAGAACUAUUCAAAGAGCAAAAUGACAUAUUCAGAACACAGACUACAUUGCUGAUGAAGCUUUUAUUGAAAUGAUUAUUGUUAAUUUUUUUUUCUCUCAUCUAAGACUGUAAAACAGUGUCUUAGUAAAGGUAAAUGGCAACUAAGGCACUGUUUCUGUCAGUCCUAUCCUAGUAUCUGUUAAAAAAUGAUGUGUAGUAGAAUAUUUUUUUUAACCAACUGAAACAGGAUUUUGUUGAUGCCAAAGAUAAUUAAUUGAUUAAAUGUUCCAUGAUAACAUGUGAAGUCCAUUGCCCAUGUUAUAAUCUUUCAACUAUAAUUAAAUGAAUAAUAUGGAAAAUCAUGCAUGUUAUUUAAAAUUAAAAUGUGUAUUCCAAAUUUAUGAUUCGGAAAAAUUAAAUUAAAUAAUAACUUCUUAAAUUUACUACACAUAACACAUGGAAAUUACAUAUAACAUCCAUUGUCUGCCUGCUAAUCAUAUUGUCUCAGAAAGGUUUUUAAAUAACUGUGUAUGCAGUUUAGUAUUAUAACAUCAUUAUUUAUUAGAAAGAAUUUUUCUUCAAAGGUUUUAUGAUAACUUGCCCUCCUUCAUCUCCUUGCACUCAUGUUACUUUCUUUGUUUUAUCUUCAUCAUUUUUUUUUUCAAUAUAUAUUCAAUUAUUUUUUUAUUAAGAGAAAAUAUAGCCAAUCAGAACUCCCUUCAGCCUUACAUUUCUUCACUGACUCAUUACAUUGUUUAGACCACAGGCCUACAUUUCAGAUUUAGAUUUUGACUUUCAAAAAUGCUAUUAUUUUGAUAUUGUUGAUUACAAGAGAUUUAUUGUUCAUUUGUUUGUCAUAAUUGUGUCUGAUAAAAUUAUAUUCAGAAAUGUUAUGCCCAUUUGUUGAAUUCUUUACCUUUUGUCUUUUCUAAAUCUUUUUAUUAUUAAUAAUUUAAUAUGUACAAAUGUAAAUAUUGCUCAGUCAUAAAUUUUUCAUCGUAUUAAUUUUUAAAAAAAAUCAUUCUAAAGCAAAUUAUUAGCCUAUUAUUUUAAAAAUGAGGUGAAAUGUGCAACUAAAUUGACAAGUGAUAAAAUAAGAGAUACCUUACUAUGCAUCACCUUGGGUUGCAAAAUGCCCAAGUCUGUCUGUAAUAAUAUAUGCUGAGCUAGCAAACAUUAUGGAGUAAUAAAUACUUUUUUUUUUUUUUUUUUUGCUAUUACCAAUAUACCUCCAUUGUGAUGAUUAUUGCAUAUGUAUUUUUGUAUAUCUAUAUAGAGUCAUUUGAAAUUGGUUUGAAUAUGUAUUAGAAUAAUUUUUUUUUUGUUGUUGUUUUGUGAUUGAAUUUGUGCAUAUUAUGUGUGUAAUAAACUUGUUGCUGAAAAUCUUUUACCUC